GCCGCGGCGGUAGCGGCCGGGCCUCGCGCGUGGCUGGGCGGCCUGGGCUGCGGCCUCCCCGCCGGUCCCUGGGAGCGGGCGCGCGGCGGGCGCGGGAGCAGUGGCGGAGGCCCCGGCGCGUCCUUCUGCCCCGCAGCCUGAGCCCGGGCGGCUGGAGGGCUCCGCUGCCCGAGGAUGGGAAUUCUCUUCACCCGGAUCUGGAGGCUGUUCAAUCACCAGAAGCACAAAGUUAUCCUUGUUGGGCUGAAUAAUGCAGGGAAAACUACCAUCCUUUACCAGUUUUCCAUGAAUGAAGUUGUACAUACAUCCCCUACAAUAGGAAGUAAUGUGGACGAGAUUGUGGUUAAUAAUACACGUUUCCUGAUGUGGGAUAUUGGAGGUCAAGAAUCGCUUCGAUCUUCCUGGAACACUUACUAUACUAACACUGAGUUUGUAAUAGUUGUUGUGGACAGCACAGACAGAGAAAGAAUUUCAGUAACUAGAGAAGAGUUCUACAAAAUGCUGGCCCACGAGGCAGCUGGAUUGCUGAUUUUUGCUAAUAAACAAGAUGUUAAAGAAUGCAUGACAGUAGCAGAGAUCUCCCAGUUUUUGAAGCUAACGUCUAUAAAAGACCACCAGUGGCAUAUCCAAGCAUGCUGCGCUCUUACUGGCGAGGGGUUAUGCCAAGGACUCGAGUGGAUGAUGUCACGGCUGAAGAUCAGAUGAUCUCUACUGACCUCUUCUCACAGACUCUGUAUCAACCAAGUGCUGGACUUUACCUGCAAGCUGCAAAAAAAAAAAAAAAAAAAAAAAAAAAAAAAAAAAAACGGUUGAGAUAUAUUUAUAAUAAACUGAUUUAAGUGUUUUUCUACAAGAAGGAAAAUGAAGACCACUCAUUUGAAAACAAAGAUGAACGUCACCGCCCAGUUUGCUCUCAUUCCUGCCGAAGUGCGUCAAAGCUGUGACUGACAUUUCUCACGAUGAAUCCUCUCCGGAUGUGGGAUGUGGUAGAGCUGUGGCGAGUACGAAGGGAGAGGAAGACAUUUGAACUGUAGAGCUUUAUUGUCCGAGUGCUUUGCCCUUCCCACCCCACCCCAAGUUGAAUGUUCCCUUCUCAUUACGUUGAAUCAAAUACAAAUCAGCACAGAUACCGUUCCCAGUUUUUAAAAAUGUAAUAUUAUGGAAAGUAUUUUGCUUAAAGUUGAAUAUGUAUUGUGUAUAUACCUCAAGUUCAGGUUAAUGGCUUUGAUUUGUGUUCUAAAGAAAAGCAGAUAAUACAAUAAUAACCUUAGUUAUUAUUACCCUAAUGUUAUUCAGUACCAACGUUAGUGUUAAGGGUCAUUUUUGUACUUUCCCUUCUGUUCUCUGUAUUGUUCUAACAAGCCAGCCCUGACCUAGAAUUGUUGAGCUGCUCCUUAAAAACAAAACAGGAAAAAGCUUGACAUUGUAUACCAAUUUUUCUUGCUCAGUAAUUGAGAUGGACAAAUGUAACACAAGUGAGUAGAGUGUCUGCUAGACUCCUGGCCAGGAGUGACUGGGCAGAAUUACAGACAGAGCAGUUACCAGACUUUCCCUUCUGUUGAUCCUAUGCCAACUCAGCUACUAAUCAUUCAUAAGUUGUGAUUAAAACUACCAGGUCAUUUUUAAUUGAAAAUCAUGGUGUGAAAUAUAUCUGCCCAAAGAGGAAACAUUCUAUAAAUAAUAAUAAUUAAUUUAGCUGCAGCUUUUUAGGUAUAACAUGACAAACAGCUAAAAAUGAAUUUGAGAGUAAGCAUAAGGCAUAGUUUUCAGUGAACAUUGAUAAUUUCUCAAUUUGCAGAUUUAUUUAUUUCUGUAGGUUUUCUUAACAUGUUCUUCUACUGCAUAAAAUACCUUGUUUAAUAGUUAGGAAAUCUAAAUACUCUGAAUGCUUUCGAGAAUUUGAUUGAAAAUUUGACAUGUUACAUUAUUUGUACUAGAAGUAAUUUGAUCCAAAACACCUUUUAUAUUUGCUGGGUUUUUUUUAAUUUAUCUAAAAGUUGGAGGUAUUUCUGUCAUAACUAUAAACAAAAUUACCAUGUGUUUUAACAUAUUCUUGGUGACUCUAUAUGCCUUUUGUGCCCUGGAAAUUUGAAGGUUAGUCAAAACUGUCAAGAUUUAGGAUAUUCAAAAAAAAAUUAACUAGUUUUAGUAUCAGACUUUAAAAUUUCCUGAAGAUUUUGAUAAGAUAUAGAAGUCCACAUUACAAGCAUUAAUGGAGCUUUGAAAAAUCUUUCAUUAAAUGUGAGACACUUAACUGUCUAAACCCAUCGGGUGCGGAUGAGUGUUAACAGGGAUGCUUUGUGUUUGAGACCUGCUGUAAGCCUCCCAGUACACUCUCAGCAUUUAAUGUUUGCCCACCUGCUCUGAGAAAAUCAGCCCUCAAUCACUGGGCUUUGUAGUGCUAAGUUCUAGUCAUACGUUCUAAUACUCCAAAUCACGAUGAGAAGUUUCCUCUGGUGUAUUAGAAAAUCCCCUUAAAGACUCACAUCUACUCCGUAGUUUGUUAAAGACAAACAGCCUCUAAUGGAGCCCUUCCCACCCCUCCAGAGCCCAGACCUACAGCUGGCUAAAAAGCUAAAUUUUUAUUUUUUAAUUUGAACAAUCAUGUGCAUAGUUGCUUGGAUCACUGUUACAUCAGUUCAACACAUACCAGCACAUUCUGAUGUUGCCAGGGUAUUGGCUAAAAUUUAUUUCUUAGUUGGAUGUUUAAAGUGUUUGCUCCAUUGUUAAGGUUGGCAUAGUAUAGGCAGUUACUGACAUGUCAUAAGAAAGCAUGAAACUUUACCACUUUUACAAAAUAUGAGGUUUUUGGUUUUUAACCCUUUUAAACUAAGCAUCAAAAAAUAUGAUUCUUGUGUAUUUGUACAUAAAAACAAAAUUAUAACUGAGUAAAGAGAUUUAAUAUAUGAAAAUAUCAAAACUGUCAAACAGUAUUAGGCCUAACUAUGGCGGAGUACCCCCUUGACGUCAUGCUGGCAGUUUACAUGUCAUGGGGCAGAACUCAGCAAGCCCUGUGGUUUCAGAUGUUAAUAUGCGACUUCUGGGUGUAAACAAACAUCUCAUUUAACCUCACUGUGCUCAGCUCUGAAAAGAACAAAGAUUUACACCUCUGUACAUGUGAAUAGAUUUAAGUGUCCCGUUUUGAUACUAAUUUUGAAAGUUGUUUAACUUCUCUUGAUAUCUUGGUAAAAGUGGCCAUAAGAUAAAUCAUUUGGAUAUAUUUGAUUUUGUCAUAACAUUUAUAAAGUGUAUGUUUCCCAUUAUAUUGAGAGUUUUAUUUUAAAAAUUCAGUUUCCCUUAUAUUUCUAGCACACCUUGGCCAUCAUAGUAGACAAAGAAUACAGAGAAGACAAGUAGGCUGGGCAGUGGGGAAUGAGUAUUCAUUUUCUUGUGACAUUUUGCCUUAAGAAUAAAAAGGUGCAUUAGCACUGCUGGUUGGCAUUUUGAAUGCAGGUGGUAAACCUAGUCUUACAUAAGCAUAGCAUGAGGUAGAAGGAAUAAGAGUUUGUUUCCUGGCCUUGAAGAAGUGCCUCAUAGGUAGUCACAGGAAGUCGCAGGUAAGUGUGGGGAGUGUGAGGACAGGCAAGAGGUCCCUAAGGUGUCUUUUCCUUUUGUCUGAGUGUAUAGUAUUAAGAAGCCGAGAAGAGAGACAGUAUUGGUCCUCUCUUACAGGCACUUUAUAUUUCUUGCUGUAACUGCAGCAAUCACAUACAGUACAGACAACCUCAAAAUCUGUUUAUAUUAGUGUAAAUAAAUUAAAAUAAAAAUCAUA